ACGGACGAUGACUUCGUUGCGUAGCGAGGAUCGUUCCUAAGGCGGCAGCUCGUGGCAUGUUGGUUAUGGGAACACCGCUUGAUUAUCUUCAGGACUCUUAGUCCAAUUUGGAUCUUGUCUGUACCCAGACUAUUUGGCUAUCUUAUGUAUGAUGUAAUGUUGGGACAUGUGUCCUCUGAGUGUCAUUUGGAUCUUGCUCAUUAGAGCGUUGCUAUAUAUAUGAACCUUAUUUCCAUCUUUUGUGUCGUACAUAGUCAUGUUGUGAUAUUCAAGCUGUAUUCUACCCUUGUAUCCUGUGCACAGUGUGUGUAUGUGUGAAGUGCACAGGAAGGUGAAGCACUCAGGCCUGGAAAGCCUACCGUGAGCCUUUGAGGUGGGUGUUGUGUGCAUGGGCGUGUCGAGCUGUUGCUUGGCCUACCCAUAUGCUUGGGAAUGCGAGGCGACCUCACGGUCCUUUGUAGUGACCUCAUGCACAUAAACCCCUCUUACCUGCGCGCUCUGGGUUUUUCCUACUCCUGGGGCUUACAGACUUGGUAUCAGAGCAGGACUGCCUUUAGGAGCCCCUUGCAGCGGACGAAGUUGAGUCUAGAAACUAAUAUUUUAGUAGCUACAUAGGAAAAAUUGUGCGUGAGACUAGGAAUUCUGCUUUUAUUUCUUACCCCACCCACCCUCCCUCUGGUAAGGACGUGCAACGGUUUUACUCUAUUCUUAUCUUGUUUCAUCUAGGCUUGGACGUGUUUGUGGGAAACCAUAGUGCCAUAGGGAAAAGUAUUUUGAAAAUUUUCUGUACUAUGGUUGCUUCGUUAUCAUCCUUUGACAUUCUCCACAUAUAAUCUGUUCCUUUGACAUGUUGGUAUUUUCAUACUAACAUGUUAUUCUCCUUUGAUCCGAUGCUAUCUCGACCACUUCCUUGUUCCGGAGCCGGCUUCCUUAUCGUUAUUCUUAUGGAACUACCGUAUACUCCACUGUCCUGCGUGUCAAGUGGAUGUUUUAGUUUUUCUAUCCUUGUUUGCGGUCGUAUGGAUCUCUUGUGUACUUGAACCUUGUAUGGUGUACCUUGAUGAAUUCUGUGGAUCGAUGUGUUAUCUGGUCUUAAAUCCUUGUUCUAAGCUAUGUUGUCAUAUGUUGUUGCAACCGUCUUAAUGUUUUCCUUCAACAGGAUGGUUAGACCUCCGCCACCUCCUCCGCUGGGACCAGCCCUGUUGCAAAUGACUCAACUGUUGAGCCAGAUGCAGCAAACCCAGCACAACUUCGAUCAAGCUCGUCAUGACAAUGGUCGAGUGAUGAUCCGGGACUUCUUGCAGUUGAACCCGCGAUCGUUCGACUCUACUCCUGAACCGCUGGAUGCAGAUGAUUGGGUGCGCGAUGUCAACCGCAUGCUCAACACAGCGGGAGUCGCCCCAGAAGACAAAGUUCGGUUUGCGACUCACCUACUGAAAGGAGGGUCUGCAGCAUGGUGGGAGAACUUUCUCGAGAUGCGUCCCGCCAAUGCUCCUGAUGUCACUUGGGAAGAAUUCAGGGAAGCUUUCAGAAGCCACCACAUUCCUGAAGGGCUAAUGGACAGGAUGAAGGAGAAAUUCCUCAGUCUUGUCCAGGGCAACAAAGAUGUGAUGACAUACAGCAUCGAGUUCUCCAAGCUAGCUCGCUAUGGUGGCGAAGAAGUGUCUACUGAUGCCAAGAAGCAGAAGAGGUUCCGUAAUGGCCUCAAGCCGGCACUCAAGUACGCGCUCACUCAUGUCUCGAUGGACACCUUCGACAAGCUGGUCAACACUGCUAUCAAGGAAGAGUCGGGUAGGCUUGCGUUCGACGAGUCACGCAAGCAUACUCGAGAGGUUGGUGCUCCUUCUUCAGCGCCGCCUCAGAAGCGCAGGUUGUGGGUUCCUUAUCCCGCAGCGCCAGGACAAGCUACACAAGCUGGGUAUGCUCCCCGCGCAGCACACGCUGGGUAUGCUCCCCGCCCUCCCACCCCACAGCCUACGCGAGAGGACCUACCAAGCUCCGCCAAGGCC